AUGCAGCUUAUGUAUCGCGAACUGGAGGCGGACAUUGUCCGUCGUACAAAUGCUGUUUUUCCAGCUCAAAAUUGCUUUGUGGAGGUGCUACCCGAUCACUUGAUCAUUCCGAGAAAGUACGUAGAGCUGGGCGAAUCCAUUCGAUCGCUUCCUGUUUACCAAGACGAUGUAUGGAUGGUGUCCUAUCCGCGCACUGGAUCCACUUGGGCUCAGGAGAUGGUGUGGUUGCUCGGUCAUAAGUUAAAUUACGUAGCCGCAGAGCAGGACUUGCGAUUGCGCUCACCACUUAUUGAACUAUCCGCUUUAUUCAGUACCGAUCAUCACGAGACGGUGGCGCAAAAGUUUGGAAACACCGUCGAUCUGGUUCGCAAUCUGCCACGCCCCCGCUUCGCCCGAUCCCAUUUGUCCUGGCAACUACUACCCGAGCAAUUUGAGACGGUGAAGCCAAGGAUUGUUUACACAGCACGAAACCCAAAGGAUCUGUGCGUUUCGUACUACCACUACUGCAAGUUGCUGCACGGAAUUAAUGGGGACUUUGAGCAGUUUGUAGAUCUCUUUCUGGAGGGACACACUCCGAUGGGAUCCUAUUGGAAGCACGUGCUGCCCUUUUGGAAACGGAGCCAGGAUGAGAAUGUACUGUUCAUCAAGUACGAGGACAUGAUCAAGGAUCUGCCGAGUGUGGUUCGUCGCUGUGCCCGAUUCCUUGGUGUUCAAGGUCUCCUUGAUGCAUCCAGUUUGCAAACCUUGUGCGAUCACCUUACAUUCGACAAAAUGCGGGCGAACAAGGCGGUCAAUCUGGAGCAAGUGCUUCCGGAUUCAUCAUCCAAGUUUAUACGAAAUGGAAAAAUCGGCGACUGGCGUAAUCACAUGGGAAAUGAAAUGUCCGAGCGUUUCGAUGCCUGGAGUGAACAGCAUAUUCGCGGUGCUGGAUUAUCCUUUGACUACGAAUAA